AUAUAAUGAAAGUCGGGGACAUUCCAAAUGAAGUUUAUAAUAGAAGGAACUAAGUUCAUAGAUUAGUUGAAAUGGAAGAAAUUAAUUUAAAGAAUGAGGAAAAUGUGCAAUAAUCUUUGAUUAAUGAAGACAAUUUAAAAAAGCCUUGUAAAGUAUCUCAGUAAGAACCUGUUGGCUUUUUGGCAAGGAUGUUCGGAAUGUCGAAAUCUAGGCCAGAAUAAAAAGAAGAAGAAUACAAACCAACUGAAUUGAAGGAUCAUUAUAGUCUAUAUGAUGAAGAUUGGUUUGAUGUUUAAAGGAACAUUAUCUAAAAGUCAUAGGAUAUAUCUACAGCUGAUGGAAAAAAUGAAAUUAUUCAUUUAAUUUGUCCAGAUGACACAAUAGAAGGACUGGAAUUAUAAUAUGGAGUGCCUGCUUGUAGAAUAAGGACGUAUAACAAUUUACAAACAAAUGAUAUAUUUUAUUUGAAGAAAUUGAGGAUUCCUAAUCCUACAAGUGAUAAUAAAAAAGAAGAAAUGUAAAUAUAUAAUAUUGAAUAUAGUAAUAUGGAGAAAUACAUGUAAGAAUUAAAAAUUGGAUUGUUUCUAGAUUAAGUUUGUUAGCCCGAAGAUAAAAAUCGUAAAGUUGCGAUGUAAUCAAUAAAAUUAUAUUAGAUUUUACUUAGAUAUGAAUAAUUGGAAUUACAUGAAGGCUACUCAGGAAUAUUUGGAUGAUUAUAAAUUCGAAUUAUAAUAACAUAAAGCCAAGAAAGCGUCUACUCGUAAAGCAUAAGACUGA